AUGUCAUCUGCAAGCAUCGCCCUGCCUGACAUCGCCAUUAUCCGUUGUGGCGGUCACUCCAACAGUGUGGUGAAGCGCUGGAUUGACGCGACGAAGCACAAGUCGUGGGGCAUGUACUCGUCCUACAUGCGGCCCGACUUCGACAGACUGGGUGUCUCUCCUCCCGCAUAUACGGUACUUUUGGACUGGCGAACAGGAGACAUCAUGUGUUGCUGGGAUGUCCAAUUGGGGAAAGAUACUGUCGACAAGGCGCGGGAGGACUUGGAGAGGGCCGUCUCUUCGCGCCGCUACAUUGAGUGCCAAGUGCUGUUGUCUCCGCUGAUGCUAGGGUCUCGACUCAACCCGUUCAUCCCGCAAGUUCUCGCUGCUCCUAGUGUCACCUCCGCGGCCCCCGAACCGACUGAUGCGUCCGAUUCUCUGGUUCUUCCUGUACCUGGCGGCUCGAGGACCGUGGAUUUCCCCGCCGUACCCGCGUUCAAGGCCCUCAACGCGGAGCUGAUAUGGCGUGUCACCGACACUGACGCUCAGGUCAAGUCGCUCCUACCUGGAGCUCAGCGCGAGCAAGGUCGCCAGUGA